UUCCUCAGAAAUAUCCUCUCUCUAAUUUCACCGUAGAUUGAAUUUUCUCUCAAUUUUCUGCAACAAUGGCGAACCCAAAGGUUUUCUUCGACAUGACCAUCGGUGGCCAGCACGCCGGUCGGGUCAUCAUGGAGCUCUACGCCGAUGUCGUGCCACGCACCGCUGAGAACUUCCGUGCUCUCUGCACCGGAGAGAAGGGCGUCGGCCGUAGCGGCAAGCCCCUUCACUACAAGGGCUCUGCCUUCCACCGUGUGAUUCCUGGUUUCAUGUGCCAGGGAGGUGACUUCACUGCCGGAAACGGUACCGGAGGCGAGUCCAUCUAUGGAGCCAAGUUCGCCGAUGAGAACUUCACCAAGAAGCACACCGGUCCCGGUGUCCUCUCCAUGGCUAAUGCCGGGCCUGGAACCAAUGGAUCUCAGUUCUUCAUCUGCACAGCGAAGACUGAGUGGCUUGAUGGCAAGCACGUCGUGUUUGGCCAGAUCGUGGAGGGGAUGGACGUGGUCAAGGCUGUGGAGAAGGUCGGAUCCAGCUCCGGAAGGACCUCAAAGCAGGUCGUGAUCGCCGACUGUGGUCAGCUUUCUUAAAACUGCUGCCUAUGGACUAUCCUUGAUGGCGUUUGGGUAGUCCGUGUCUAUGCCAGUGGUGUUUUAUGAGCUCAGUCUUUUAAUUUCUGUUUGUAGCGAGUCGGAUCCUUGUGAGUGAGUGAAGUUUGUGUGGCCUAAUGACGGUUCUUGAGACCUUAUUUAUGUGGGUUUCAUGAUCCGCCGUAGAAAUAACGAUGGGCCUUAUUAUUGAAAGUAGUGAACAAUCCUUUCCUAAAAUCUGCUCUAUAUCUAAUUUCCCUUGUUGAUCUUCUUUAAUAACUUCAAUCAUGAAAUCUGGAGUUUUGCUUUAUAUAUCUAAUCCGUUCUUCUUUGAUUUGCGUUUACUGUCAUGGGAUGAUGGUUUGCAAUUAAAUUGGUUUGAUCCAU